AUAUUAAAAAAGUGGAAAACGGUUGAAUGGAUCGUUGUUAUAGGCUCAAACUAAUUGCAUAGAAUUGGCUAGUUUGACGGAAAAUAUCAUUUCUUUCCCCUAUGAAUUUAACCUAGCAAUCGCGAACUUGAUCCUCAUCGUUCAAAACCUUUUUACGUAACCUCGUCCACAUCCGACGAUCAGCUGGUAGCCUAUCAGCUUUUUAUAAACGGUGAAACUGACGGGAAUCAUCAGUCAUCAUGCCUACAAAAGAUGUUAGGGAAAUGACUAUACUGGAGUAUAUCUAUGCUCCGAUUACGUUCAGCAAUAUCGCCGCUCGACGUGGCAAACGUGCAUACCAGUACUAUGAUACCCCGGAUGGUCAGGAUAUUUGGAAGAAAUUGUGGGUAUCGGGGAAAUGGAGUCUCGGUAUAGGAGCAUUCAUAACUACGAUUGAUUUACGCAUGUACUCGAACCCGAAAACUAUCCUGGAAGGACUUAAUCGAGCUGCGUACAUCAACAUACCUAUUGUAUCUGCGUUUACAACUUAUACGGCGAUAACCUAUGCCGCUACAAGUCUUCGAAACAAAGAUGACCCCAUCAAUAGCUUGAUAGGAGGUAUGGCAGCCGGAAGUCUCUUGGGUUACAUGUUUAAGGCUCCUAUCUUUAUAUGGCCCCUUGCUGUAAUGACCGGGGCAUUUUGUUGCGUUAGAAAAGAUGGAUUCACUAAAGGAUACGUUAUGGGUGAUCUUAAUAACGUACAGCGAAUUUACGGAAAUCACAGAAGUCCUCAUCAUGACUCCAGUUUGUUUCCUGUUGGAGAGAAAGGUUGGACGACUGGGGCUUGAUUAAAAAAUCAAGCACAUUUUCCAAAAAUAGUGUUACCUUAAUAUGGUUGUACGUCAUCAUGCAUUUGCUAUUGUCGCAUGAGAGGAUGUAUAUAAAAAAACGUAUAAAUACAGUUAUUCGGUUCAAAUAGUUUACAUUAUUUAUUGUACAUACAUAUUAAAGAGGUGAAAGUUUCUAUGCGUAAA